AUGCAGCGAACUGAAUCAGCGCGGGCGGCGCUAGCCUCAUUCACAUGCAGCCUCUGCAACAAGUCGUACGCGCGGCAUCCGGAAUAUGAAGCUCACAUGGGAUCCUAUGACCAUCAACACCGCAGGCGGUUACAAGACCUCAAGCAACUCUCCCGCGAUCCCAAUGCUGCAGAGAAAGCUCAGCGUGCGGAGCGGAAGGCCAAUGAGAAGGCCGGGUUGAGAGUCGUCCACGACGAUCCAGGAAAGAUGUCCAUCAGCACCAGUUCCGGCGGUGGCGCAAGUGCGGGGAAAGUUGGAGGCGGGUUCAAGAAAGGCGGAUUCAAGAGCUCCUUUGCGCCGGUGAAGGGUCCAGCGGGUGUGGCGCCCAUGAGGAAGAAUGUCCUUGGUGGUGAUGAUGACAAUGAUGGGCAGGAGGGGCAAUCAGGAUUGCUGGGGAAGGAAGUGAAGACAACCAAAAAGGAGCCACUCGCCAACGUCCAGGAUGAGGGGAGCGAUACAGAUGAAGAGUAUGCGAAGCAUCCGGAUGGAGGUGGAUAUUACGAUCCCCGACGGCCGACCGGGUGUUUCGCAGGGUGUGCGGCUCAUCAAGAGGUGAAGGCCGCUUCAUGA